UUGUUAAGUGAUGAACGUGAUGAGAGGUUCAAUCGUUUCAAUAUUGGCAGCAAUUAUUUGUUCAGCAUGGGCUAAUUUACCAGAUCCAGGAACAUGUGGUUUGGAUGUUUCCGAUAGAAUAUACGGUGGUAACAUUACCGGACUAACCAGUUAUCCGUGGACUGCCAUUUUGAUAUAUCGCGAGAUGGGACAAAACACCGAUCUAUUUCAUUGCGGUGGAAGUCUAAUAUCGGAUCAAUACGUUCUCACUGCAGCACAUUGCUUAGAUGGUCAAUCCGACGACUACAUGCUUGAUCGCAUAAGAUUAGGAGAAUGGAAUCUACUGAGUGACCCUGAUUGUGAUGAAAAUCAAUAUUGCAACGAACCUUCAGUAGAUGUCGGCAUUGAAAAGACGAUUACUCACGAGGAUUACGACAGAGUAACGAUACUCAAUGAUAUUGCACUAAUUAAACUGAAUCAAAGUGUCAAUUUUACGGAAACCAUUUCUCCUGUUUGUUUGCCUAUGAGUAAUUUAACGAAAAACAAAAAUACAGACGAUAUGGUUUUUACAGCCAUUGGAUGGGGUAAUACAGAGCAUAGAAAUGGAACAUAUGAAUACGGAAACACACACAAGCUACAUGUACAUUUGGAUGGAGUUGAUCUGGUAUCUUGCAACAAGGUUUAUGAUGAUGAAAUUACUACCACACAAAUAUGUGCCGGAGCAAAACAAGGCAAAGAUUCUUGCCAAGGCGAUUCUGGUGGUGGAUUAGUCAAUGCAGUGGAUGGAUUCUACUACGAGUAUGGCAUUGUUAGCUGGGGAUACGGUUGCGGUAAAAAAGGCACACCGGGAAUAUAUACCAGGGUUACAAGUUUUUUGUCCUGGAUUCAAAAUAACAUGGAUAAUACUACCGUCGAACAUUCCGAUAAAGAAUAGGUAUGCGGGCUUUCAAUAAAUUAUAUUCAAGCUAAACUUCCCAU